UCAUACCAUCUCAUUUUCUAAAAAGAAUUUGGGUCGCCAUAGAUCCAUUUUCAAUAUGAUUGAUUGAUUAAAUUAAUCUGGAAGUGUAACGCUGCGAUGUUAAUUUUAUUAUGUAUUCUUUGGUCGGAUAGCCGAUGUUCAUUUAUUUUCAGGUGGUUUGAAAUGCUGAUGAAGCCCAGAGAAUUUAAUAGAAUUAUUAGUGCCAAAUCCGAAACGAGUUUCUGGCAACUAUUAGUCAGUCAAGUUCACUUCUGGGCACCAACCUUUAAGUGGGGUAUCAGUAUAGCCAAUAUUGCUGACUUCUCUAAGCCACCAGAAAAAAUUUCUUAUCCUCAGCAAAUAGCUGUUACCGCCACUGGAGUUAUCUGGUCACGUUACAGUACUGUGAUCACACCGAAGAACUGGAAUCUUUUUAGUGUCAACAUUGCAAUGGCAGGGACUGGUAUCUACCAAUUGACGAGAAAAAUACAGCACGACUAUUUCUCCAAGGAGGAAGUAGCUGCUGCCAAAGAAUGAUGACGAAAUAUUCUUUAAUUACCUCUUUGAUGAGCAGAACUUCCCUUGCUUUUCCAUGCUCCUCCCUCCUAAUCUGACCUUAUACCAAAGGAUCCAUGACUUUCCCUUUAUUUUGAAUCAAUUUAUCUUCUUUAUUUUACUUUUGUAGCUAUGCAACUAUGCUUGAAACUGUUCUUACAAAAUAAAUAAGAUCUUGAUUUAGGCAACAUCACCCUCUAAUGAAACGCUUCUUA